AGAAGGCAAGUUUUGAAACUAUACAAAGAGGAUGGCAAAUCUGCUUUACAAUCUGAUGAGUUGAUUACCGCUGUACAUAUUCCAUUUAUGGAGCAAGAUGAGCAUUUAUAUUGGCACAAGCAUGCAGAAAUGACAGAUUUGGUCAGCGCCACCAUCAACUCAGCAAUGAGAGUGAAGUUUAAUCCUGGCACUAACAUCAUAAAGGAUUUGGUUCUUUGCUAUGGUGGUAUUACAAAUAAAACUGUUCUUGCUAAUCAAAUUAGAGAACAAACUAGAGGAAGAGAAUGGACAGAUGAUACUAUGUCCUUUGUUUGUGGUCUCCUAGGAGAUGAGCUCAAUGUAUCAAUGCCCUCUGUUGGUGGAAGUUCCAACUACAAGAGAUCGCUUACAACCAGCAUUUUCUUCAAGUUUUACAUUAAUGUUCAGCCAAGCCUUCGUAGUACAGAGAGUGACAUCGUUCAUGAUUUGGCAAGUGUAAGACAUAGACCACUAAGUAGUGGGAGUCAGAUAUUUGAGACUUUACCAGAAUACCAGGAUGGUAUUGAUUUUGUUGGCAAACCGGUACUGCAUAAAUCUGCCUUUCAACAGGCGACUGGUGAAGCAAUGUUCUGUGAUGACCUACCUACAUAUAGCAAUGAAGUUCACAUUGCUUUGGUAACUGGAAAGAGAGUCCAUGCAAAGAUACUCAGUAUUGAUGCAUCUAAGGCAAAAAGCAUGCCUGGUGUUAAAGGCUUCCUCGAAUACAAGGACAUACCUUACCCAGUAGAUGGUUACAUAACAACAGAGGGUAUAUUCGCCCAUGAAAAGGUAUUAUAUCAUGGACACACCAUUGGAGCCAUUGUAGCAGAGACCCUUGAACAAGCCAUGGCCGCCAGACAACAUGUUCACGUAGCGUAUGAGGACCUUCCUGCUGUUCUCAAUUUAGAGUCUGCUAUCAGUGAGAAACGUUACCGUCCAAAUCCAAAGGUUUUAGAUGUAGGAGAUGUAGAGACUGGAUUCAAAGAAGCUGAUUUGGUGUUUGAAGGGGAAAUGUCCAUGGGUUCACAAGAGCAUUUCUACCUAGAACCCCAAUCUUGUAUUGCUGUACCUACAGGAGAAGCAGGGGAGAUAGAUAUCACAAUAUCAACUCAGUGCCUCAAUAUUGUUCAGGCAAGCAUCAGCCAAAUGCUUGGAGUCCCUAAGAAUCGUGUCAGAUGUCAUGUGAAGAGAGUUGGUGGUGGAUUUGGAGGAAAAUUAUUUUGUUCUGAGCCGGUCGGAGCAGUUGCUGCAUUGGCAGCAACCAAGUUCAACAGACCGGCAAGACUCAUUCUUGAUCGUGAAACAGACAUGAGGAAAACAGGAAAGAGUAUCAAGUUCCAUGCCAAAUACAAGGUUGGGUGCAACAAAGAUGGGAAGAUAUUGGCUCACGAAGUCAACUUGUACGCUGACGGAAGCUUCUUUUCAAGAUUGACCGAAACUUACAUAGGCAUCCAAUUGCUGUUUCUGGUUUGUGACCAAGGCUAUGCAUUUAACAAUGUGAAGGCCACGGGCUACACAUGUGAAACAAACAUAAAUAUGGGAAUGCCAAUACGAGCUUCAAUAACCAUUCCGUCAAUGGUUUUCACACAAGCUAUAAUCAAUGAUGUUGCAUUAAGGCUUGAAUUGCCCGUUGAGCAAGUACAUGAGGUGAACAUGCUUAAGAUUGGGGACUUGACACCUCUUGGACGUGAACUACCCGACGUACCUACCAUGCAUUCGUGUUGGCUGAGAUGUUUAGAAAGUAGCAAUUAUGUGGAGAAAAGGAAAAUUGUUGAAGAAUAUAAUCAGAAAUCCAAAUGGAACAAGCGAGGUUUAUAUAUAACCCCUAUUAGCAGGAAUGUUGGGGUACCGGUACAUCUAUGGUCCCAGGGUGCAGCUCUUGUGAACAUCUACACUGAUGGUUCUGUAUGGGUUAAUCAUGGCGGCGUUGAAUUGGGCCAAGGACUCCAUACAAAGCUAAUACAGGUUGCAAGUAAAGUGCUGCAAGUGCCACAAGAUGUCAUUCAUAUUACGGAAACAAACACUGAUUGUGUACCUAAUGCACAAUUCACUGCAGCUAGCACAGGUUCUGAUAUAUUUGGGAUGGCAGUUAAGAAUGCUUGUGAGAAGUUGAUUCAGAGACUUGCCCCAUAUAAAGAAAGCAAUCCAAAAGGCCAGUGGGAAGAUUGGGUUUUAGCUGCAUACAAUGGUUGCACAAGCCUUUCUGCUACAGGAUUUUACCGUCAUCCCAAGGAAUACAAUUGGGACCUGGAAAACCCGCGCGAGGGAAACUUCGACAAAUACUACGUAUAUGGGGCUGUAGCUGUUGAAGUUGAAGUAGAUUGCCUAACAGGAGCUCAUAGAGUAUUGCAAGUAGAUGGUGUGAUGGACUUUGGUAGAAGUUUGAAUCCCACCAUAGAUAUAGGCCAGAUGGAAGGUGCUUUCAUGAUGGGAUACGGAUUGUUUGUAUUGGAACAAGUUGUCUACGAUGAUGAAGGUAGACUACUUACUAAAGAUGCUGCAACAUACAAGAUACCUGGUGUAAGGGAUAUACCCACAAAGUUCAACAUGCAGAUUUUAACAAGUCACAGUGAUGAAGCAAUACUCUUCGGAUCUAAGGGAGUUGGGGAACCCCCUCUCCACAUGAGUAUUGCUGUACUGUUUGCCAUCAAGGAUGCCAUAGCAGCAGCUCGUAAAGAUGCAGGAAUUGAGCAACCCUUCCAACUUAACAGUCCAGCUAAUGCAGAACAAAUUCACACUCUAUGCUCAACAAAGAUAAUGUGAUGGCAGACAAUUUAUGUGUUGCUUUAAAAAUACAAAAAACGAUAAAUAUUAA